AAGUCGGUUUAAGAUGUGCUAGUGAAUGGUUUUUGUGUGUCUAUUAGAAACGAAUUGUAUUGUGGUAUUCUUUAUUGUAUUAAGAAUAAUAUGAGCUGAAGAUUGUGUUUAUAUAGGUUACUGAAAAGAGCAAUCAAGUCAUGAAUAAACGUCGACGCACAUCAUCAGUUGCAAGUCGUGGCCAGGAUGAAGAAUCUGGUGAACAAGACUCUGCACCAGAACCUUCUCGAAAGAAGAAGAAGUUGGACCCAGCGGAGUUGUGCCAUCACCUGUACGAUACAAUUCGUAACCACAAGAAGGAAGAUGGAACACUUUUGUGUGAUGCUUUCAUACGUGUUCCAAAGCGUCGUCAAGAACCGGGAUAUUACGAGGUUGUGUCAAAUCCGAUUGACCUGUUGAAACUGCAGCAGAAACUGAAAACAGAUGAGUAUGAAGACGUCGACGAACUCACAUCUGAUGUCCAACUAAUGAUCAGCAAUGCUAAGGCAUUUUAUAAGCGAACGUCACAAGAGUACCGAGAUGCUUGUGAGCUGUGGGACUUGUUUGUUUCGUCCAAGAGCAGGCUUCUUGAGGACCAGCGACCAGCAGAGGAAACGGUGCCAGAGCAAAAGGGCAAGCUAAUACUGAAAGUUGGUAAAAUGGCUCGCAGGGUUGCGGCUGCCGAGGCUAGAAAGCAGGAAUCCGAAGCAGCGGAGGACACGUCAGAAAGCUCGACCAACCCGGACGAUGACAUCAACAUGUACGAGGAUUUGUUUACGGCAGUGAUGAUGGCAACAGAUCAGGACAACCGUCCACUUCACACAGUGUUUCAGCUUUUGCCCUCCAAGAAGCGAUAUCCCGAGUACUAUGAAGUAAUAGACAAUCCUGUGGACCUGAAAAUGAUUGCAACUAAAAUUCAGCAGAACCAGUAUUCAAAUCUGGGAGAGUUGGAGAAGGAUCUGUUGCAAAUGACUCGCAAUGCUUGUCUUUUUAACGAACCUGGUUCUCAGAUCUAUAAAGAUGCCAAGUCUCUGCGUAAAGUAAUCUCAAGCAAGAAGAUUGAAGUAGAACACGGCAAGUACCAACCUGGUACUGGCAAGAGCAGUGAGCGGAUAAGGAACAAACGAAUGCGAGGAGUCCAGUCCUUGUCUGCCAUCACAGCUGCCUUGCGUGAUGAGGAAGAAGAGUCAGAUGAUGGUGGUCCAAUGGAUGAGGAGGAUACGGCACUUGAAGACGCAGAUAAUCCUCGCUGGCAGCUGUAUGAAACGAUAAAAAACACCACCAAUAACCAAGGUCAUCCCCUAAGUGAACCAUUCUGGAAGCUGCCAUCUAAGAGAUAUUAUCCUGAUUACUACAAGGAAAUCAAAAACCCUGUGUCUUUGUCGCAGAUCAGGAAUAAACUGAAGCGUGGCGAUUAUGGUACAGUGAGUGAAGUAGCUGGUGACAUGAACAUAAUGUUUGAAAAUGCAAAGAAGUAUAACCGUCCAGACUCACGUCUUUAUAAGGACGCAGUCAAGCUGCAGAAGAUUAUGCAGGCUAAGGUGCAGGAACUGCUUGAUUUUGAUCAGGACUCUGACAGUGAAGAGGACUCUGAUGAUAGAAGCUCACGCAGUAGGCGCAGCCGCGGGCGCAACACCGGAGGUACCGGUACAACCAGAAGUUCUCGCUACCGUGAUGAGCCUUCGCUGAAGAAGAGACUUCAUGCGCUCGCCAAAUGUCUAAUUGACUACGUGCGAGAAGAUGGACGUCAGCCAAUUCUUAUGUUUAUGGAGAAGCCGUCAAAGAAACUAUACCCAGAUUACUACCAGGUGAUCACAGAUCCAAUUGAUAUGCUAAGCAUUGAGGCCAACAUCAAGAGUGAGAAAUACACUUGCGAAGAAGAGAUUAUUUCUGACUUUAAGCUGAUGUUCGAUAACUGCCGCCAGUAUAACGAAGAAGGUUCCAUGAUUUAUGAAGAUGCAAAUAAACUAGAGGAAGUGCUCAUAGAGAAAAUGAGAGAGGUGGGCCUCAGUACCAUGCUGUUGACAGCAUCAUCGGCGACAGGAACGACCUCAUCAGCGACAUCUGCGCUCACUGCUGCGACCGCAGCAUUAACAUCAUCGGACAGUACUAAUGCCAGGAGAACCGUGGAUCGGAGAGUUGUCAAACCAAAGAAGAACACAACUGUGCUUGCCCAGAAGUUACGAACUUUGUACGAUACCAUACGUGAUUAUAAGGAUCCGAAAGGACGGCAGCUCAGCCUCAUUUUCCUUAAACUUCCCUCCAAACUUGUAAGUUACAGUUUUGUAUAUUGGACGUUGAAUUUUAUUUGCAUGCCAUUCUAUAGUUUUUAUGCUAACAUUCAUUAUGUUUUAAUAAGUUUAUGAUGUUUUUCUGUGCCC